AAAAAGCAGUGGUCAAGAUGUUUAUGAACUUCCGCCGAAUCCACAAGCGCCAGUGUGUUCAAGUGCUGACCACAGGUCUUCUGCUUUGUGUGGUGAUGGUCUGGUGGGAGGAGGUGGACUAUCAUGUAAUCAGCCACGUGAGAUCCUUCACCUACCGCUACAUGAUCAACAGCUACGAUUUUCUCAAUUCUUCUUUUGCUAUCAACGCCAGACGUCAUUAUGGAACUGUUGGUGUAAUUGGUGGAUUAGUGAACUAUUCAUACCUCAUCAACCACCCAGAGAAAUGCAAACGUGGAGACGGGGAAAGUUUCGAUGACGUUUUUCUGCUUUUAUUCGUGAAAUCAUCACCGGAGAACUUUAAGCAGCGCCAGGCCAUCAGGGACACCUGGGGAAAUGAGAGCUUCGUCUGGGCAGAACUGGGGGUGAACUUGAGGGUAGUGUUCGCCAUCGGCGUUUAUCCGAAUGUGAAAGAGAGAUAUAAGGUCCAGACUGCGCUGCUGAAGGAGGAUCACGUCUAUGGAGACCUGAUCCAGCAGAACUUUGCAGACACGUUUUAUAACCUGACUACCAAACUGAUCCUGCAGUUCCACUGGAGCCACAUGUACUGCCCUCAGGCACACUUCCUCAUGUCUGCAGAUGAUGACAUCUUUGUCCAUAUGCCUAAUUUGGUGAAGUACUUGCAGCAUACCCACAGCAGCCAGUCAGGGGCUAAAAACCUGUGGGUGGGGCACGUUCACAGGGGAUCUCCUCCAGUUCGCAAUAAACAAAGCAAAUAUCACGUUCCCUAUGAUCUGUAUCCCUGGCCAGCCUACCCAGACUACACUGCUGGAGCAGCGUAUGUGGUUUCAGGGGAUGUGGCUGCUAAGAUUUACCAGGCGACUCUGCUGCUGACCUCCUCUGUGUACAUUGACGAUGUCUUCAUGGGCAUAUGUGCCAAGACCAUGGGGGUCUCUCCCCAGCACCAUGUUUACUUUUCAGGGGAGGGAAAGGCUCCAUACCACCCCUGCAUUUAUGACCACAUGAUCACAUCACAUGGUCAUACCUCAGACGUGCGCUCACUGUGGCGGUCAGCAACAGAGUCCAGAAAAAAUGGCCGCUCCAGAGGGUUUAUGGGUAAUCUUUACUGCAUAGCAGUGAGAGUGAUGAUGCUGUGUCCGUAUUACCCGAACACCUACUCCUGUACUGCUGCUUUUACAUGAAUGCUCUUUAUGGGGUGCAAAGACUGUUUUAAAUGAUGGUACCUAACAGCACUAGUCUUCCAGUUUUAUCAUGUAUUCAUAUCACAUGUCACCUUUUGCUGUUGUGUGCUAUGCUGACAUGCUUAAUGGGUUCUGUUUACAUGCAGGCUUUUUUGUUUCUGUAUAAAGACAACCGCAGUUCACAGUCACCUGUCAGCUGCUAGUUGGGUCUUAUUCUAUUGCAGAGUCUCAGGUUACUUAUUGCUUGUUAAAUAUUAUGAGUAAAGCACAGUGAAUUUGAAGCUCUGCAGAUGGGUGGAGUAACUGAGAAUGUCCUGUCCAAAACAUAGCAGUUACACACAUGAAUAUUUUUGAAUUGGAUUAUUUUUCUAUGCUGGGGCAAUUGCUCACAUUGCUUUUCAGUUAUUUACAGAUACAUAAGACGAGGGUAUCAGGAUAACUCUGAAAUUUAAAGCCCAACAUACUCAUAAUGCAGCUGCCAAGUGGGACCGGGCUGAUUUUUGUUGGAAAACAUUUUAUUUUUAGGUGCCUUGAUUAUAACUUUGAGGUGGUACACUGGAGCAAAUGUAGCUGAGGAGCACAUCCAUAAAGUCAUAUGUCAUAAAUAAUCAUUUAGCAUGAAUAAUGUUUUUUUCACUCACAUUAAGCCGAUCAAGUGUAUCACACAUUAGGGUGUCCCAGAUUGUGCUAAAUUCCACCUAAUGGAUACAUGUAACUCUGCUCUAGCGUGCAUCGUUGUAUUUUUAAUGUAAGACACAUCUGGUCUUUUGUUCAUCUACAUUCUGAUGUUUUUAAUCGCCGCUUCUUUCUCUUUCACUCGUUAUUGUCUUUAUCACCUCUGCUGCCCCCCCCAGAGCUGGUGUUGUGCCAAAAAGUGAUUGCCAGAAAAUGAUUGCCCAUAUUUAAACUGUUGUAAAUGACUU